UUCCGCUGGAGAGCCUCUUUUUAUUGUGUUAUGGGGUCUCCCAGCCCUCUCCUUUCUCCUACCCAUGGCAGCCCAUCUCUCUCCUCCAGGACCCCUUCUUUUUGGUAUCCUGGAGUACGAAUGAAAAUAAAUAGGUGAGCAGCCUCUGGGCCAGGCCAGGCACACAGGGGUCCCGAGGGCUGACCUUGGGAGACUUGCGGGCUUCUGGAAGGAAGGCGCGGGAGGCAGAGCAGGAGUCUCCGCUGCGAGGAAGCACCAGGGGCGACCCCGGGGGAAGGGCGGACGGGGAUGCGUCGACAUUUCCUUGACUUGGGACUGGUCGCCCAAGGCCCAUUCUAACUGUCGGCUCUCUGGCCCCCGUGGCCAAAGAGAGAAGGGGGCGGAUCCUCGCGUGCCAGACACGCCCCGGCCGGGUAUAAAAUUCGCCAGGCGCUCGCUCCCUAGGCCACCGCGGCUCCCUUGUUCCGCUGGGGCCUUCGGACGCGCUCCCCGCGCAGGUCUCUGGAACACUCGGGCCGAACGCAAGCCCGAUUGCACUCACACUGCAGUUCACACCCGCAGGCGCGCUCGCACCCACAUUGCCGCUCACGCGCGCUCACACUCCCCCACGCGCGCUCCACUCCCGCUCCAGCCCCGAGCCCCGCGAAGGCGCAGGCACCGCCGCCGAGAGCGCCAAGUGGCCCCGCGGCCUUCCCAUGGCGGACCUGAGCUUCAUCGAAGAUACGGUCGCCUUCCCCGAGAAGGAAGAGGAUGAGGAGGAAGAGGAGGAGGGUGUGGAGUGGGGCUACGAGGAAGGUGUUGAGUGGGGUCUGGUGUUUCCUGAUGCUAAUGGGGAAUACCAGUCUCCUAUUAACCUAAACUCAAGAGAGGCUAGGUAUGACCCCUCACUGCUGGAUGUCCGCCUCUCCCCAAAUUAUGUGGUCUGCCGAGACUGUGAAGUCACCAAUGAUGGACAUACCAUUCAGGUUAUCCUGAAGUCAAAAUCAGUUCUUUCGGGAGGACCAUUGCCUCAAGGGCAUGAAUUUGAACUGUAUGAAGUGAGAUUUCACUGGGGAAGAGAAAACCAGCGUGGUUCUGAGCACACGGUUAAUUUCAAAGCUUUUCCCAUGGAGCUCCAUCUGAUCCACUGGAACUCCACUCUGUUUGGCAGCAUUGAUGAGGCUGUGGGGAAGCCGCACGGGAUUGCCAUCAUUGCUCUGUUUGUUCAGAUAGGAAAGGAGCAUGUUGGCUUGAAGGCUGUGACUGAAAUCCUCCAGGAUAUUCAGUAUAAGGGGAAGUCCAAAACAAUACCUUGCUUUAAUCCUAACACUUUAUUACCAGACCCUCUGCUGCGGGAUUACUGGGUGUAUGAAGGCUCUCUCACCAUCCCACCUUGCAGUGAAGGUGUCACCUGGAUAUUAUUCCGAUACCCUUUAACUAUAUCCCAGCUACAGAUAGAAGAAUUUCGAAGGCUGAGGACGCAUGUUAAGGGGGCAGAACUUGUGGAAGGCUGUGAUGGGAUUUUGGGAGACAACUUUCGGCCCACUCAGCCUCUUAGUGACAGAGUCAUUAGAGCUGCAUUUCAGUAGCCAAAGAGGACAGGAACAAAUCUAUCUUCAUGAGGGAGGAAGACAAUGGUCUUAUAGUGCCCAUGGAUGAGAAAAGGAAACUUUUGAGCUGCACCUUCAGUUUAUCCUCAAAGCCUGCGUUGUCUUCAUCUAAUCCAGCUUUGAUGGAUGUCUGUGAUGGUUGCCUGUACACUUGCUGAAAUGAAAUAUUAGAAAUGGCUGUACAUUCCAAAGAAACCCUAUAUUAUAUAUCCACGUUACUGCUGCUAGGAUUCAUAUUUGCACGUACUGUUUAUUGCUUAUGUGUAGAGGGAAUGAAACUAGUUUCCAGAGUUGUUAUUAAUCUGAAUAUAUAUCAUGUGUUAAUAUUGAGAAAGGAAAAAUACAUUCCCAGUGUUAGUAGUUCUUUAUUUCCUGUCUCCAACAGAAAAUUAACUCAUUUUAAAACUAGUGUAAUUCUUGAUAAUAAAUUAAGAGUUUUGAUUAAGAACAGCAAAGAGCUUCAAAAUGCAAAGUGAAUGAUUAGUAAAAUUAUGUCUCAUUUUAUUUUUUCAGCACCCAUACCACAAUUAACGUUAGGCUGGAUUGCCAUGGGAAACAUUUUUUUGGUGUUAAUGCAGCAACAUAAUACUCACUUUAUGUAUUACUACAUAGUUAAAGGAUUUAACUGAAUGUAUGAAUCAAAUUAUAUUUAUUUGACCUAUUCAAAGCUGUGGUUUAUAGGAAUUUGAGAAAGGUAUAAGAAAUAGGAUAAAAAGAAGGUCACCACCAUGUACCAGGAAUAGCUUUACUUUCCAUAAAUAGAAAUAUAAAUUUAAUGGUAUCCUAUAUUACUUUAGUGUUGUAUACUUUGUAAGACUUAAAAAUAUUUUAUUCUAUUGAUUCCACUUCUUUAGUAUGUUAAGACAUUUCUUUAAAGAUGACCAACAAUAUCCUUAUUUUAGGUGCUACUAGCAAAUGUAAGCAUAUACUUAGUUGCAGUUAGAUGUGACAGAAUGAGAUAAUUUAUGUAAAGUAGUAGAGUGCCUGGCACAAAGCAAACAAUAAAUGUUAUUGUUGUUAUAAUUGUAAAAUGAGUGACUUCAAAAACAUAGUCCUAGUUUGGAGGGAUUUUGUGAUGAAGAAUAUCUAAGUUAUAGAAAUAGAAGACAGGUGGAAUAAGUAUAUGUUCAGAGUUUUUAGAUGUGUUGAGUAGAGAUGGUAAUAAUGGAAGCAUUAAUUACAAAUGAAAAUCACACCAGAUAUCCCUGAAAUGGAAGCAAAGAAGGUUCAUCGUCUAGUCUUGGGCAGCAAGAGAAAGGACUAAGGCUAUGGCAGUGUGAGGAAAAGUCGGGGCUUGGUAAGGGUUGAGAUCUGUUGGUAGCCCUGGAUCACAUGGGGGCAGCACCAGGCAAUAACUCUGAAAGCAGAGCGAGGUCCUGGACUUCCCUUGUGUAUAACAGUUACUAGUGUCCUACAAUGAGGAAAUGGCAAAGCAUGGUUAGAAAACUGUGACAAAAAUUUUUACAUCUGGCACUGUUACCACUCACAUGCCAAACAUUGUCUGCACCGGUGUAGCCUUAUUUGUAGUUAACAUCAAAAGACUAGAUCUGAAGCCUUCCAUGAAUGAGAGGCCAUUCAUAGGGCAUUUCUGAAACAAAACACUGUACAGGUAUCAGCCUCUCCACUCCUGAUCGGGUUGGUGCUGAACAGUCAGGGAUUGUUCUUGGACUAGCCUUCUGAUGCUUCUUGCAGUCUCCUUUCAUCUGUCCCUGAAAUACACAAAAUAAACAAAUAUAAUAACAAAUAGUAAUUAAAUGAAUUUCAGGAUAACGUCUAGUUGUUCGGAUUUCACCCUUCACAGGUGUGUGUGUGUGUGUGUGUGUGUGUGUUUAUGUCUGUGUAUUGAAGCAAUUUGAAUUUAUUUACUGUAUGUUUUCUGAGUAAAAGACUGAAAUGAACUACUUGGUUCAGAUCUUGGUUUCCAUUGGUGAGAUUGUUUGGAGGCUUAAUAUUGUUUAUAUGGAAAAUCCUUUAAUUCCACAGUUACCUCAGAUUCAGAAUAUGAAUACUGUUUAUAAUAUGCUUUUGUAGGAAUGAAUUUGAAAGGUAGUUUGUCAGUAAACAAAAGUACAACAACUAAUCUCAAAUCUGUUUUAAUGGUGUGAUAGGAAAGAAAAGUAAAACCUAUGAAAUGGACCCUGUAAAUGGGGAAGGAAUCUCCCAAAGAAAAAGUAGGGGAGAAUUAAUGACAAAUGCCAUAGAUCUUGAAAUUUAAUUUAGGGUGUGUUUUGUUUAUGAAACAAUUUAAUAAGGCAACAAACUGAAAUGAUUUUUCAUGUAGCCUGUACACAUGUAAGUGCCUCUGAUUUAUGGUAACUAAUGUACCUGAUGGUGUGUAAAGUAAUACUGUUGUCAGAAGGUUUGCAAUUAAGAUAAUUUGAGUUUACUCUUUUUUUGUUGGUCAGUUUAGCUAAAGGCUUGUCAAUUUUAUUGACCUUUUCGAGGAACCAAAGUGGAUUUGGGGGUUUUCUCUAUUGUGUUUCUAUUCUCUAUGUCAUCAAUCUCUGCUCUAAUCUUAUUAUUUUCUAACUUCUGCUUGCUUUAUAUUUAGUUUGUGUCUUUUCCAGUAUCUUAAGGUGGAAGGUUAGGUUAUUGAUUUGAAUUCUUUUUUGAAUAAAGGCAUUAACAGUUAUAAAUUUUCCUCUGAGCAUUGCUUUAGCUGCAUCCAAUAAGUUUUGGUAUGCUAUGUUUUGUUUUCAUUCAUCUCAAGGUCUUAGAAAAUACUUUGCCUUUUAAUUUCUUUUUGAUGCAAUGGUUACUUGGGAGUGCAUUGUUUAAUUUCCACAUAUUUAUGAAUUCCCAAAUUUGUUAUUGGUUUAUAUUUUUUUUCUGUUGUCAGAAACCAUACUUUAUAUGAUCUCAGUCUUGAAUUUAUUGAGGUUUGCUUUCCGGCUUAGCAUAUGGUUUAUCCUGCAGAAUAUUCCAUGUGUACUUAAGAGUAUCUAUUGUACUGUUGUUGGAUGAUGUGUUCUGUAGAUGGCUGUUAGGUCUAUAGUAUUGGCCUGUUGUGUUGUUCAAGUCUUCUAUUUCCUUGUUGAUCUGCCUAUUUCUGUCUAUUAUGAAAGUAGCGUAUUGGAUUCUCUGACUGUUGUUGAAUGAUCUCUUCCUUCAAUUCUGUCAGUUUUUUUCUACAUUCAUUUUGGGACACUUGUCCUUCUUUAUCUCUAGUAACAUUUUUAAAUUUUAAUGUAUACUUUGUCAGAUAUUAAUAUAGCUACUCCAGCUUUCUUAUAGUUGCUGUUUGUAUGAUGUAUCCUUUUUCAUCUUUUCACUUUCAACUGAUUUAUAUUUUUGAAUCUAAAAUGUGUCUCCUGUAGACAGGUGGAUCUUGUUUUUGUGUUUUUGAAAUCCAGUCUGACAGUCUCUCUGCCUUUUAAUUGGAUUAUUUAACCCAUUUGCAUUUAAUGUUAUUGUUGAUAUAGUUGGAUUUGUGUCUGCCAUUUUACUUUUUUUCUACAUGUCUUGUGUCUUUUUGUUGUUGUUUGUCUAUUCCUCCUCUAUUGCUUUUUAUUUAGUUAAGUGAAUAUUUUCUAGUAUAAUAUUUCAAUUUCUUUAAUGAUUUUUUCACUUUUUUGAGUUUAUUUUCUCAUUGGUUGCUAAAGGGCACAUAAUAUACUUGUUAAUUUAUCAGAAUCUAUUUCGGAUUUAUAAUAUAUUACAGUGAGUUAUUUAGUUACUACUAAAUAGCUGUGAACUCUCUUCUCCCUUUUUGUGCUAUUAUUGUUAUACAUAUUACAUCUAUACAUGCUGUAAGCCCAACAAUACUUGUAAAUUUUUUAUUUUAUAUACUUGUAUGUAUAUUAAAGAAGCAAAGAAAGGAGAACAAAUUAUAUUUAUAGAAUUUCUUCUAGUAAGCUUUUAAUUUACCAUUUCUGGUUAUAUUCAUUUUGUCUUGUAAAUUUGAGUUACCAUCUGGUGUCAUUUCUUACUCCACUACUUAUUUGUUCUUAUUUACCUCCUUGUGUUGUCAUUGUCAAAUAUGUCACGUUUGUAUAUGUUCUGGCUCUAAAGUGCUGUUACAUGAUAUUUUAUACAGUUGCUCUUUGAAUAAGAGAAGGAAGAAAUAUGCAUUUAUACUGUCUUUUAUAAUUACAUAAUUACAUUUACCAGUGCCCUUUUUUUUUUGGGAUGGAAAAACAAAUUCAAAUUUGAUUCAAAUUAUAUCUGGGGUCACUUCGUUCCAGGCAGAAGUCCUUUUUUUAAGUAUAUUUUUAUAUAAGGCAAAUCUGAUAUGGGCAAAUCUUUAGUUUUUGUUUUUAUGGACUAUAUUUUACCUUAUUUGAGAUAGUUUUGCUAAAUAUAAAACUCCUGGUGAAAAGUUUCUGUUUUUGGUUUUGCUUUCCUAGCAUUUGCUGAGAUACCAGCUAUUGAAAGCUUAAUGAGGUUUCCUUCUACAGGACAAAUCCUUUUUCUGUUUCUGCUUUCCAAAAAAAAAAAAAAAAUGUUUCCCCCUCCA